UAAUUAUGUAACGACAGUGUUGUUUUGCUGGAACUUUUCUCAUAACACUCUUCUUCUAUAUUCCCCUGCUUGUAAGCAGGGCGAAUUAUCAUCGUUUGUUAUAAUUCUAAGUUAUUUUCUUAAUUUCCUUUCUCCCAUACAUAAUGGAGCUCAACCCUGAAAACUCUGUGAUCAUUAUCAACGCCCAGAAAACAGCAAUUAUCCCCCACGAAGAACCUAAGAAAAUAAAUACUCUUUCUUCCCGCAAGAAGGGAAAGGGGUUAAAGAACUUUUUUAAGGUGGCGCUGUUCAUGAUGCGAUCAGGGCGUUCCAGAAAAUCCAAAAUUAUUGUGGAUGAGGAGUCCAAGAACGUGUGGAGGAAGAUCGUGGGGUCCAUGAGACCACUGCACAUGCCAACCGACCAAUCUACACUCUGUGAUAACAGUAAAAACAUUGCUCAAUCUAAAAUGGUCACUUCAACGCCGUUUUCGGAUUGCGUUGAUCACGGAGAUGAUGCGUUUGAUUCUACUUCUGUGUUUACAUGCCAAUCGUCUCGGUGUAGCAGCCGUUACGCCUCGGCCGUAGGGCUAAACGAAAUGGAACAGGAGGCGGAGAAUAAUAAUAAUAAUAACAAAGGUGAAGAAGAAGGUGUGAUGGAGAAGAAUAGUAAUGGUGAUAGCAAUGAUGGGGAAGGGGAUGAGAUGAUUGAUGCGAAGGCGGAAGAGUUCAUUGCUGAGUUUUACCACCAAAUGAGGUUGCAAGACUUAAAUGUUGUUGAUAGUCGUUACCAAGAGAUAAGCAUGAGAUCAUUAGGGUUAUGAGCCACUUCAACCCUAUGCAUGCAUGGAAUAUUCAACCACAAUUUCCAUCUGGUUUAUGUUUCCAAUUUUUGGUAGAAAUAAGGGGUUAAUUAUAAAAAUUACUCUUCUCAAAUCUUGAAGACGUAUAAAUAUACAUAUGAUUUAAGAAAAAAAUACAUAUAUACACAUAUAUAAAGUGUUGUUGUACUUUUAAAUAAUCGUCAUUGAUCCUUGAAGGGGAAGUUGGCAGAGAUGACUUUUCAAUUGACUGUAAAGAAUAUUUGAAUGAGAAGGAGACGGGUGAUUGCAUAUGGCUUUGUUGAGAAUGCCUUGCAUCGUUUAUCGUCUAAUAGUUAGCAUUUGUUCAUAUGCUGAUAUUGGAUGGAUAUAUUAUAAGGUCAGUUACUUGUUACUAACCUUUGUAUAAUGUGGUCUUUGCUAAU